GUAAUACUCCGUAUAAAUCACGUGUUUGGCUUGUGAGUUGUGACUUCAUCGUCGAGUUCAACCACCAAUCCUACGGUAUCAAUCAUCGUUACACACUUACACACAGCAAAGGAGAAAAGAAGACCAAUCCCCAGCACCAGAGCUAACAAGAGAUCGACUGUCAAUCUCAGAUCCCAAUCCGUCCAAAAGAUCUGAACAAUGUCUACCUUCAGCGGCGAUGAAACUGCUCCAUUCUUCGGUUUCCUCGGCGCCGCUGCCGCUUUGGUCUUCUCCUGUAUGGGGGCAGCUUACGGCACAGCGAAGAGUGGAGUAGGAGUGGCGUCGAUGGGUGUGAUGAGGCCGGAGCUGGUGAUGAAAUCAAUCGUCCCGGUUGUUAUGGCUGGUGUGCUUGGUAUUUAUGGCUUGAUCAUUGCUGUCAUCAUCAGUACCGGAAUUAACCCUAAAACCAAAUCCUAUUACCUGUUCGAUGGGUACGCUCACCUGUCUUCCGGUCUGUCUUGUGGCCUUGCUGGCCUAUCUGCUGGAAUGGCCAUUGGAAUUGUUGGAGAUGCCGGUGUCAGGGCUAAUGCACAACAGCCUAAGCUAUUUGUUGGGAUGAUCCUUAUUCUUAUUUUUGCUGAAGCUUUGGCACUUUAUGGCCUCAUUGUUGGCAUUAUCUUGUCUUCUAGGGCUGGCCAGUCCAGAGCAGAUUAAAAAACAAAAAUGUGGGUAACAACUACUACAUUACUGUAAGUUGUGUGUUACAAUUUGGAAGAAAAGAAAGACACCAUUUUCUUAUAAGGUCAGAAACUUCAGAUGUUCCAGAGUGGUCUUCAUUCUUGCACUCACAUCCCUUGACCCGCGGUUAUUUGCUUUUUUCCUUUUUUUUCUGUACUAGUAACUUAAUAAGUAAUUUGCUUGUACUAGUAAUUAGUACUUAAUUUUGUGCUGAAUAAGAGUUGUUGAAUGUGUUCAUAUCAAAAUAUUCCCCAAUUGUGUGAUGUACUUUUAAUAUUUGUGUGUUAUACCAUGUUUGGUUACUACUAGGUGAAAAAUAAUUAGUAGGCGAAUUUAGUAGUUGGUACCUUGGGCCUAUGUUUACUCCAAUAAUAACUUAGCUCG